GGACAAGGCGGAUACGCAACACGUCUUGAAAGUUUUUGUUUUUUUUGAAAUGACAGAAGUGAGUUUGUUUGGCAACGCGUGUCUGCUACUCCUGACCAGACUUCUUCAACACUUGGCGACCAAGAUCCACCAGGAGGGUCCCCCCUUGAGAACUGUUCCAUGGUCUGUUGAGUGUCUUGAGAACUGUUCCAUGGUCUGUUGAGUGGCACCAGCACCAGUCAUGUACCAGGUGGUACCAGGGGGAGCGGGGGGCACCAUCACAGAUGUGAUCCCCAAGCAGAAGCACAGCAAGGACACCCGACCCAUAGUCGGCGCAGGAGUCCUGGGUCUGGUCCUGGUGAUCGCCGCGGUGGCGGCGUGGUCUUACUACAUCGCCUCGCUGCGGAAAGCUGAACUGCUGAAGACUCAGCUGCUGGACCUAAAUAAAGAUGGCUACAUCAUCCGCAACCAGGGAGGGGCGAUUGUCUUCAGGAUGGACUUUAGAUCGGGGACUUUGGAUUUGGACUCUUGCACCAAAGAAGGGGAGCUCCUGAGCUGUGGACGGACCACUGACCGACGUCUCAACUUCUUCAUCGAGACGGUGCGGCCCAAGGACACGGUGCAGUGCUACCGUGUGCGUUGGGAGGAACUGGUUCCUGACAUUUCUGUCGAGCAUGCCAUGACGUACAAAUUUGCCCACUGGUAUGGCGGUGCGGUGUCAGCUAUCCAACACUGGCCCAUUUCCCUCUCUGGGCAACAGUCUCCAAAACCCUUCGUUACGAGUGACAUCUACACAAACCGCAAUGAGUUUGGCGGAAUCUUGGAGAGCUAUUGGCUUUCCUCCAAUGCCACGGCAAUUAAGAUUAAUAAUUCCGUGCCGUUCCAUCUGGGCUGGAAUGACACAGAGAAGACUAUGUACUUCCAAGCUCGCUACAAUGACAGUCCCUUCAAGCCAUACCCGGGGGAGGCUCCAUGCGCUGAACUUAGUUACAGAGUAUGCGUCGGCUCUGAUGUGACAUCCAUACACAAGUACAUGGUCCGUCGGUACUUCAACAAACCAAACAAAGUGCCUGCGAAAGCCAUGUUUCAGCAUCCUAUUUGGUCCACAUGGGCACUUCAUAGGACUGACAUUGAUCAAGACAAAUUUUUGAAGUACGCCGCCAACAUCCGCAAGUAUAAUUUCAACUGUAGCCACUUGGAACUAGAUGACCGUUACACGCCCCGCUAUGGAGAAUUUGAGUUUGACCCAAACAAGUUCCCCAAUGCCUCCUCCAUGUUUCAAAAGCUCAAAUCAGAUGGAUUUCUCGUGUCCCUCUGGAUCCACCCUUUUGUCAACUACGAUUCUGAGAACUUCCAUACUUGUGUGGAGAGGGGCCUGUUUGUCCGAGAGCCUACAGGCCGUCUGCCAGCUUUGGUACGUUGGAAGAACGGCAUCGGUGGAAUUGUGGAUUUCACAAACCCCGAAGCUCGAGAUUGGUUUGCCUCCCAGCUUCGGUCCUUCCGCUUCAGAUAUGGGGUAUCCUCUUUCAAAUUCGACGCGGGCGAGACCAACUACUUACCGUGGAAGUUCAGUACCAGAACUCCCAUCCGGGAUCCAAGUUUUUUCACGAGACGCUACACAGAAAUGGCUAUUCCGUACAACGACAGAGCAGAGCUGCGUAGUGGCUACCAAUCGCAGAACAUAUCCUGCUUCUUCAGGCCUAUUGACAGGGACUCUGUGUGGGGCUAUGAGUUGGGGCUCAAAUCUCUUAUUCCUACAGUGCUCACCAUCAGCAUUCUGGGUUAUCAGUUUAUUCUACCAGACAUGAUCGGAGGGAACGCCUAUCUGAACCGCACAGAUGGAAAUAGGGCCUUACCCGACCGAGAACUCUACAUACGCUGGCUGGAGUUGUCCGCUUUCAUGCCCUCCAUGCAGUUUUCUAUCCCACCGUGGGCAUAUGACAACGAGGUGGUUGAAAUAGCUCGCAAAUACACCGAUCUGCAUCAGAGUAUUGUGGCGCCACGAGUUCUGGAGCUGGCCGGCGAGGUGCUGGACACCGGCGACCCCAUCAUACGACCUUUGUGGUGGAUUGCCACGGGUGACGAGACGGCCUAUAAAAUUGACUCCCAAUUCCUGAUUGGAGAUGACCUCAUGGUCGCGCCUGUUUUAGAACCGGGGAAGCAAGAGCGUGAUAUUUACCUCCCCGCUGGUCGCUGGAAGAGCUAUAAAGGGGAAAGGUUUGAUAUCAAAGAGCCACUGCACCUCACAGACUACCCUGUAGACCUGGAUGAAAUUGCGUACUUUGUUUGGGUCUAGAAGGAAGGCUUGGUUUGUCACUUUGCAGGGUUUUAUUCAUUUUGGCAAAGGACGCCUUCAGGGCUCGUUGCAGUUCAGAUCUCACCUCAAGUGUUAAAUGGUUUUUAGAAAAGAUCUCAAUCAUUAAUCCUAAAUUGAAUUAACUCAUGUACAUCUGGCACUAUGAGAUGGCAAAGGUACUUUAACGUGUACGGCUGAUUUUCAAAAAGGGAACACGCUUACUGUGAAUCGAGUGCUGUGGAACCUCCAUUUACGGACUUAAGUGGUUCUUGAACAUGGUUUGCGAACUAAAACGUUGGUAUAGUGAAGCAGAUUUCCCCAUUAGAAACAAUGUAAACAUGAAUCAUUGUUUCUAGCCUCGACAAAUGUCCCUAUUUUAUUAAAAAAUGCACACUUUGAAGACACUAUAAUGUGUGUAUAUACUCCAGAUGGUAUAUAUCAGGGGUCCCCAACCUUUUUUCCACCAGGGACCGGUUUAAUGUAUGCAUUAUUUUCACGGACCAGCUUUCCAUGUAUGGCAAAUGAAAAACAGCAAAAAAAUGAGCAUGAAAAUUCAACUCAUUAUAACGCUAAAGUAGGCACGUUGAUGGCAUUUACUGUAUACCAGUGUUUCUUAACCAUAGGGCUGGGUCCCAGUGUUGGCCCGCGAGCGCCCCCUAGACUUAUUGGGGUGUUACCAUUUAGUGGUCAAUUGUACGGAAUAUGUACUGUACUCUGCAAUCUACUAAUAAAAGUUUCAAUCAAUCAUCUAAUCAUGCCAAAUAUUACAUUAUUAUAUAGUGCAAUAUACAAAUAUGUUAGUAAAGAUAAAAAUGUCUUUGUGUCGAUGAACAUUUGGGGACAGGGUUAGUGCGAGGCGAUCCUUCAUCGGCUUUUGUCCCGGUAGUGCCUUCUCCUCAGCUGAAAUAUAAGUCCCCUUGGGUAUCUUUUUCAAAAAUACAAAAAAAAUGCUUCAUUUUUUUACCAAAUCAAAAUUAUUAUUUCGAUUUUGACAAGAAAAUAAUGUUUUUAAACGUUAUCUAAUCAUGCCAAAUAGUACAUUAUUAUAUAGUGUAAUAUAAAAAUAUGUCAGUAAAGAUACAAAUAAACAGUUUGUCACUUUUACGUAUGAUGUAUCCAUGAAAAACAUCUAAUAAUCAAGUGCAAAAAUGUAAUAUGAGGCGAAUACUGGUACACAUGUAUGUAUAUCAGUGCUGUCAUUUAUUUUUAUUUUUAUGAUUAAUCACAGGUUAUUGCCCGCAUGCAUAAUUUAAAUUAUUUUUUAAAAA